AUGGAUCCGGCAAAGCCCGUUGACCUGCCCGAGCGGCCCAAGGAGGAGGCUGCCCCCGCUGACCCCAACAAGAAGUCCAAGAGCCAGCUUAAGAAGGAGCAGAAAGAGCGGGAGAAGCAAGCCAGGAAAGAACAGCAGAAAAAUGCGCCUAAGCCUGCUAAGGAUACCCAGCCCAAGGCCCCGAAGCCUAAGGAGGUCGCUACACCUUACGACCCCGAUGCCAUGUUCAAGGUUGGCUUCCUCUCCGAUGUGUACCAGGAGAAGCCCCUCUCGGAAGCCGUCCCUAAGAUUCGCACCCGAUUCCCUCCCGAGCCCAACGGAUACCUCCACAUCGGACACAGCAAGGCUAUUGCCAUUAAUUUUGGAUUUUCGAGAUUCCACGGUGGAGAAUGCAUUCUGCGCUUCGACGAUACCAACCCCGCAGGCGAGGAGGAGCGAUACUACGAGGCUAUUCGGGAUAUCGUCAACUGGUUAGGCUUCAAGCCCGUGCGCGAGACUUGCGCAAGUGAUAAUUUCGAGAAGCUCCGCGAGCUUGCCAUUGAGCUCAUCAAGCGCGAUGGUGCUUACGUCUGCCAUUGUACUCCUGCUGAGGUUAGGGCCCAGCGUGGUGAGCGGGGUGAGGGCAAGGAGAAGACCCUCGGUGGAGAGCGUUUCGCCUGUAGCCAUCGCACACGGCCAAUUGAGGAGUCCCUGGCGGAGUUCAAGGCUAUGCGCGAGGGCAAGUACAAGGCCGGUGAGGCUGCUCUGCGUAUGAAGCAGGAUAUCACAGACCCCAACCCCCAGAUGUGGGAUCUGUUCGCUUGGCGUAUCCCUGAAGGUGAUAAGCAGCACCACCGGUCUACUGAGACAUGUCUGCCAACCUAUGAUUUCGCUCACGCUCUCUGUGAUAGCAUUGAGGGAAUCACUCACUCUCUGUGCACAACCGAGUUCGAGCUCUCGCGUGUCUCCUACGAAUGGCUUUGCGAUAAGCUCGAGGUCUACCGCCCCAACCAGCGCGAGUACGGCCGUCUCAACCUCACCGGAACCGUUCUCUCCAAGCGCAAGAUUAUUAAGCUUGUCAACGAUGGCUACGUCCGUGACUGGGAUGAUCCCCGUCUGUACACCCUGAUUGCUCUGCGCCGCCGCGGUAUUCCUCCCGGUGCUAUUCUGAACUUCGUCAACGACCUCGGUGUCACCAAGUCCGGUUCGAACGUGCAGACCGCGAAGUUCGAGUUCUCCGUUCGCCAGUUCCUCGAAACCACCGUCCCCAUUAUCAUCGACGACCUCCCAGAUGACCACGAAGAACUCCUCGAGAUGCCUUUCUCCAAGGACCCUGCUUUCGGCACUCACACCAUCCCCUUCACCAAGACCGUGUACAUUGAGCGUUCCGAUUUCCGCGAAGUCGACUCCCCAGAUUACUUCCGUCUCGCUCCAGGCAAGACAGUCGGUCUUCUUAAGGUUCCCUACCCUAUUACCGCUACAACUUUCGAAAAAGAUCCUACCACCGGUGUCAUUACCUGUGUGCACGCUAAGUACGAGAAGCCCGAGGAAGGCGCCCCGGCUAAGAAACCCAAGUCCUUCAUCCACUGGGUCGCCGAGUCCCCUCGUCAUAAUAGUCCUAUUCGCGCUGAGAUCCGUGCUUUCAACCCGCUUUUCAAGUCCGAUGAUCCCAACUCCCACCCUGAUGGCUUCCUUGCCGAUAUCAACCCGGACUCUGAGCAGAUCUUCCCUGAUGCCAUGGUUGAGACUGGAUUCGAUGAGAUUCGGGCUUCGGCGCCUUGGCCUAAGCAGGCUGCUGAGGAGGGUGAUAUCGAGGCUAAUAAGCACUCUAUUCGUUUCCAGGGUAUGCGUGUUGCUUACUUCGCUGUUGAUCGGGAGACUACAGCUGAGAAGUUGAUUCUCAACCGUAUUGUUACACUGAAGGAUACCCAGGGUAAGAAUUAA